AUGAGGAGGCAAAGAAGUGUUCCAACAUCCCCCUCAUCAUCAUACUCGGAAUUUAUCAAGACAGUACGCUUGAAUGAAGAAACGGUAAAUAAAGAGAGUCGAGAAAAGACAAGAGCUGCCCACCAAAGAAAAUUGCCAAUUGUUCACGAAAGUGUUGAGCAUGAAAAUCCUUCCUCCUUUAAUUCCCAGGAGGGAAAGAGGCUAGAAACUAGUGCCGUAAGAAGUGGUGAAGCUAUUCGUCACAAGAAGAAGGCUGUUGUAGCAAAAGCUUUACAACGUAGCAAGUCGGAGAUUGUUAAGCGGGUGGUGAUUGAUGAGAGUAAGAACAUUAUACGUAGAAUAGAAACUGAAAACUAUGAGCUACCAGACUCUGAUGACGUAAAAAAUGAGUACGCAGAUAUGUCCAAUGAAGAUUUAAAUAGAAGAGUUGAGGAGUUCAUUCAGAGGUUCAAUAAGCAAGUUCGGCUUCAAGGAGAAGUUUACUCAAGAAAAUAG